AUGGCUUCUAAGAGUUCUUCACUUUUCUGGGUCAUCUUCUUCAUCUACGCUGCUUCAGUUUCAUCCUCUUUUCUCGCUAAAGCACACGAACAAAACGGAGACGAAGAGAAGAGCAGUAGCGUUGGGCGUAGAUUCCUUCUAGGUUUCAAAGAAACUCAAAAAGGAAGUAACAUUACCUUCGCAUGCUCUCCUUCAGGUCCUUGUGUUUCUUGCAAUUCCUCCGAAAAGAGAAAAGAGAAGUAUCGUUGCAGUGAAACAGGUUAUCGUAUUCCUUUCAAAUGUAAAGAGGUGAAAGGAGAAGAAGGUUCACACAAGAAAGAUAGAGAAGAAAAACAAAAUGGUCAAGCUAACGACGACGAAGAAGUUGUUGAAUCAACGAAACCAAGAAAUCUGCUGGAUGAUUCACCAGCAUCCAAAGUAAAGUCUCAGUCUUACAAAACUUACAGAAGCUGUGUCCCUUCUGGAGAUGAGGAGAAGAUAUCAGUUCUUGGUUUUGAGGCGUUUAUGCUAGGACUGUUAUUGAUAAGCGGAUCGGCCAUAUACUUCAGAAAGAAACAGACAGUACCGAUGCUUGGAGUAUCCAAUGGAAGAUCACAAAGCAAUUCGCGGUUUUAG